AUGCGUCCCCUAACACCACUCCUCACCCUCCUCCCCCUUCUCCCCUUCACAACCGCCCACCCAACCCACCAACUCCAAACCACAACCAGCACAACCAACACCACAACCGAGCUCCGCGCCCUCCCCCUCGUAAUCUGGCACGGCCUCGGCGACCAAUACCAGAGCCCCUCGCUGCAACACCUGAUCAAAGUCGCCGAAGACGCCAAUCCGGGAACCUACACCUACCUCAUCCACCUCUCCCCCACCAGCGCCGGCGACCGCCAAGCAACCUUCCUAGGCAACCUUACAGAGCAAAUCGCCUCCGUCUGCUCCCAACUCCUCCAAGACCCCAUCCUCUCCACCGCUCCCGCCAUCAACGCCCUGGGCUUCUCCCAAGGCGGGCAAUUCCUGCGCGGCUACAUCGAACGCUGCAACGCUCCGCCCGUCCGCACGCUCAUCACCCUGGGCAGCCAGCACAACGGCAUCUCUCAAUUCCAAUCCUGCGCCUGGAACGACUUCAUCUGCCGGGGGGCGGAAGCCCUCCUCCGCUCCGGCCGAUGGUCAACCUUCGUACAGGGCCGGCUCGUCCCCGCGCAGUAUUUCCGGGACCCCGAACCCAGCGAAAUGGAGGAGUACCUCAAGCAUAGCAAUUUCCUGGCCGACGUGAACAACGAGCGGGUGGUGAAGAAUGAAACCUAUAAGGAGAACCUGGGGAAAUUAGAGAAAUUCGUCAUGUACAUGUUCGAGAAGGAUCGGAUGGUGGUACCGAAGGAGUCAAGCUGGUUUGGAGAGGUAGAUGGGGAAUCUGGCGGUGUAGUGGGAGUCAGGGAGAGGAGUAUUUAUAAGGAAGAUUGGAUCGGGCUGAGGGAAUUAGAUGAACGGGGUGGGUUGGUGUUUAGGACACUCAAGGGCGGGCAUAUGGAGUUUGAUGAGGAGGAGCUGGUGGACAUUUUCAGAGAGUUCUUGGGACCCAUUGAAGUGGAGAUUCCUGAUGAUGAGGUUGAAAUUGAUGAGAAGAAGAUGAGGUUGGUGAGUCAGGGAGGUUACUACUAG